AUGCGAAACAUGAUGAUUACUCAAUAUCGUGUGAGUUUUCCGUCACUUUCGCACACUGUAUUUUUUGACUCGAUCAUAGUCUAUUUAGAGAACUCACAACGUCUGCCCAUCAUCAAUUCACCGUUAGCAAUGAGUCCGAACAUUAACCUAGUCAUACAGGUGUUUUUGGUGUGUUUUGCGUCGUUGGUGACGGCUAAAGAUGGCGAGCAACAGGUAGCAGAAGCCACUGCAUUACCAGUAAAAAAAAAUAAGCCCGAACUCUCGUCCACACCACCUAACAUGCUCCCAGCAGACGUGUCUAUUCUCAAGCAGAUCAAUAAAGUCAACGAUGAUGGGUCAUAUACGUUUGGAUAUGAGGCAUCCGAUGGCAGCUUCAAGGUAGAAACCAGAGAUGUGGCUGGUAACGUUAAAGGUAUGUUUGGAUUUGUAGACGAAGCGGGUCAAUUGAAACGUGUGUCUUAUUCAGCAAAUAAUAGUUCCGGUUUCCAAACAGCCGGUGAGUCGACUCCAGCGAAUAACGAGCCAUCAUUGACCACUGGUAAGCCAUCCUCCAUACAGACAAUAACGAAAAACAACGAUGACAUUAAGUCAGAAGGAGUAAAAAAAGUACUAGUUUCAAAAAGACCAAUUUCAGAGGAAUUUAAAAGAAGAAGAGAGGGAAAUGGCCUACGCCGGCAUUUACCCCGAAAUGAAAAUGACUCACCAGAUGUAUAUGGCGUUCAAGAUCGUGCCAGUUUACAAUCAGCACCUGUUUCGCCAGUUAUUUCAGCCCUUAUGUCUGAACUUAACCCAGUACGUAUUCAAUACAGACCACAACCAGAAGUUUAUAAUAAAGCUGGACAAACAGCACCAUUUCAACGAGAUAAAUAUCAGGAACAUGACAGAAUUGGAAGACUAGCUGAAGACAAUACACAAGAUGACGAAGACUCUGAAGCGGUAACUGCACCUGCAUCGAUUCAAUCUCCUGUAUCUUCCCCUAUAAGAUAUCAACAGAUUUCAACACAAUAUCAACAGCAAUAUCAGCAACCAUAUCCCUUACAAUAUCAACAAUCUGCUUAUCCUUUAAUUAAUCCAUAUUUAUUUAACCCCAACCUUUUAACUUCUCUCCGUGAUAAUCUUAUGGAACUUAUCUUAACAUUUGUUCAAACUCGUGUUUCUCAAUUUCCUUUUGGUAAUAGUGGUACUUUUGGAGGUCCCUAUCAAUCAUACCCAAUGCCAUAUCAGCAACCUAAUUACUACGUUCCUAACUACUAUCAGGGUCCUCGUUUGGAAUCAAGACCAAUUAUAGCAUCUAAUGUUCAAUUUGCUACGGAACAAGAUGGUUACCAUCAAUCUCCAAGAGUCACCCAGACGCUUAAAGACGGUUUGAUUCGAAUGUUAUUAACAACUAGUCCAAGGUACUCUGGAAAUCCUUCAGAAGCUGAAGAACAAAGUACACCAAGAACAGCAUUUAGAAGAACAACACAAUCCACCCCCGUUAGAAAUAUACAAAUAAUAUCAAAUGACAACUCGGUAGACAAUAGACCAGUUACAACUGAAACAUCAGAUUAGAACAUUAAAAGUGAGUUACUGAUGAAUUAAGAAAAUUUUUUUGAUAGAAUUUUUGACCCUGUAAAUAUUAUAAAAGUUUAUUGUUAAAAGUUAUCAUUACUGAAUUCAAUUCAAUAUAUUAAACAUUUUUUUUUAUUUU